GAUAGAUCUCCACGAACAGUUCAGGGAAUUAUAAGAAAAAGAUAAAAAUCUAAAUUAUAAAAAGUAUCCCGAUGUAACAUUUGAGAAAAGAAAUCAGUGUUGGUUGAAUUCCUAUCAAGUGAAAGAUGAUCUACGAAUCUGAAAGUGUACCAUGCUGAUAAAUCAAUGUUUGCAUUUCUUUUUAAACAGAUAAAAACCGGUAGCUAAGCCGCGCCGCAGUGAAUGCAUAGCUAAUGUGAGCGCAAUGAGAACUAUUUAUAAACAAUUCAUAGCUCGACCGCGUGAAAAUUGCCACAGACCACGACAACACUCCUUUAUCUACAUAAUUCAACGUUUAUCAUUAUCUGCGCUUAAUUGAUAUCAAACAAAUAUAUCGAACGAGCAAAUACUAAGGCAAUUGUGUGUCUCGCUCAUCGGCGUCAUUAUGUAAAAUUACACAUUGCAACAGUGGCAGCCGAUCUUGCUUGAGUGGUGUUGAGAACAAAAACAAUGACAGUGUAAUUCAAAGUAUUAAAGUAAUAAACAAGUAUCUGGUUAAGAUGGCAGAUGAAAAAUGCAAAGAAAUAGACUCGGAUGAAAACCCAUUAAACAAAAAUGUCACGGAAAUUGUCAAGAAGACGAAAACUUUCAAAGAAAAGUUAAAAUUCAUCAGAGAAAAUAUAACAGUGGAACCCCUGCUCGCUGGACUCAUUAUACCUAGUGUAAUAUCGAGGUUUGCUAUGGUCAACCUUAAUCUGGACAAGGCGUGCAGGGUGAACCUUAACUUUUCAAGUGAAAUUUGUGAUACGAUAAUACAGAAGACAACAAACAGCAAUUAUUCAGAAUACGAGAAAGAGGUCCAGAAAUUGAUAUCGUCGAUCGACAUUUGGAAGAGUGUAAUACAUACGGCUAUACCUUGUGUAAUAAUAAUGUUCCUAGGAGCUUGGAGCGACCGAACAGGGAAGAGGAAAACGGUUAUCAUGCUGCCGAUUUUUGGAGAAAUAGUUACCUCAAUCAGCAAUUUGAUUAACGUGUACUUCUUUUAUGAGAUCCCCGUGGAAAUUACUGUGUUCUUAGAGACUAUAUUCCCAGCUAUCACAGGAGGCUGGGUGACUAUGUUCCUGGGUGUCUUCAGUUACAUCAGCGACAUUACCGAUGAGGAGUCCAGGACGUUCAGAGUUGGUCUCGUGAACUUCUGUAUGACUGCCGGCCUUCCAAUCGGGAUUGGCGUGGGUGGAAUUUUAGUUCAGAGGAUGGGAUAUUAUGGAAUAUUCUCCAUGACUUCUGUCCUGUUUGUGUUGAUAGCUACGUACGGAUUGACUUGCUUGCACGAACCGGACGAGUUCCUUAGAAGGAAAGGACUUCCACCAAUUGAAAGGCCCGACUGCUCAGGAGUGUCGUUCUUCCAAGCAAACCACGUGAUAGAAACAGUGGAAGUGGCCUACAAGCGACGCCCUUCUAGAAGGAGACUGAAGAUCAUCCUCACUCUUUUCACCGUGUUUAUUGUCUAUGGCCCGUCUAUGUCGGAGCACACAAUCUUCUACUUAUUCGUCAGAAACACCCUAAGUUGGGACAUGGUUAAAUACAGUCUCUACACAAGCUACUCCAUCAUUUUGCAUUCAUUUGGCGCCAUGUUUGGCAUCACCGUGCUCAGCAAACGCCUGCAAAUAGAUGACUCCAUGCUGUGCCUCAUUUCGGUGGUCAGCAAGUUUGCAGGGUCCGUUUGGACGGCCUUCGUUAAGACAGACCUGGAAAUGUAUUUAGUGCCUGUUGUGGAAAUCUUAAACGGAACCAUAUUCACGUCACUGAGGUCCAUCGUCACCAAACAGGUGGAUAAACAGGAAACAGCCAAAAUGAACUCCCUAUUCUCCUUGACGGAGACGCUGGCAGCGCUGAUGUUCCACCCCUUCUACUCCUGGCUGUACAUGAGGACCCUGCACGUGCUGCCUGGAGCAGUCUUCCUCACCAGUGCGGCGCUUCUGAUACCCGCCUUCAUUAUAUUAGUAUCAUUCUACACGCAGUACAGAAUGGACCUCCGAAGCGCCAGGAAGAAAGCCCUCGAAGCAGAAGAAAAGAAAGAAACUGAAGUAUCAAAAAUCAGUGCUUUAUCAUUUUAUAAUCCGGAUAUUAAGCCUAAUGUAGGCUUAAAAACGGAUGAUAAUAGUUUACCAAAAAUAGACUUACUCGACAAUAUUAAAAAGGAUACGUAAGAUAAACACAAGUAAUAUACCAAUUAUUUAUUUUACACAUGCGACCAGCUGAAUUAUCAUGUAUAUGAUAAAAUAACAAAAUUUUCCGUUUACAUCGGCAACCAGUGACGAAAUAUUUUAAAUAUGUACAUGAUAUACAUAAUCAGUAUUUGACUCAUAAAAUGGGUUAUAUAGGUUAAACCCUAGCUUAAACCCGAGAAGAGUGUUUAAUAGGAACCUAUUCGGCUAAACAACACACUAGAUUUUUACAGAUAAAACGCUGCCAAAGGGCCAGAAGGGCGUAGGGGAAGGUGAAAGGGACAGCGAAAAAGAUAACGAAAUGACUUGGAUGAUUUUCUGCGGGGGCUCAAUAGAUUUUGGAAGAAGGAACCAAGAUGAGAAGAAGGAAGGCCUGGGGAGACCUUUUCCCAGUACUGGGACACACUUACAGGGUAGAAAUAAAGGUUGACCCUUUCCAGCAGUCACGUCUGGCUUCUAUUAUCGAGUUUCCAGGCGGGGUGAUGUUCAACCAAAUAGAUUCCCAUCUAAGAAACACUCCCGAACUUCUGGUUUUUUUGGAAAAAAAAAAAAAAAAGGUCACAUACUUAGAUCAUUUAUUUUUUCUUUUACUUUGCAUAAGCAUUUCUAUUUUAAAUAUAAGUCAUAUUUAAAGAUGAGAUGCAACUAAUUUGUUUUAGGGUACCAGUGACAGGCGCAUUGUAACCUAAAGAGUAAAGUUAUUAUGUAAGUAAAACCAAAGAUGUUACCGACAUUUUAAAAUUAUUUUUACCUUUUAAUUUUAAAUUAAUUUUAUUUAUCACAAGAAUAGAAAGCGUUUAAAUGUAAUCAAUCAAUACCUAUAGAAGUUUUAAUUGCCAUUGUCUUUAAAAUAUUAUUUCAUGAGUUGAAAUCAUGUUGAAAGUACGUGUCAUUGUUAAAAUUUAUUGUUCUUAAUAUCACUGUUGCAUCAGUCAACUUAGACGUUUAUUUUAACAUGCGAGCCGCUGACGUUUCGACAAAAUGUGUAGUGCCCCCUAGUCUACGCAGAAAAACGCAAAGUACGCUAUUUUGUCGAAACGUCAGCGACAUGCAGAUUAAAAUCAACGUCAAGGUUGACCGAUGCAACUCACCCUAAAUUAUCGUAUUUUUAAGCGCCUAGAUAAAAGUAAUUCAUUUGACGAUGAUAUUGAUAACUAAAAUAUUUUUUGCUGGGUGUCAAUUAUGCUUAUAUUGAUUCGUGUCUUAAUGGUAGUUAAAUAGUAGUGCCAGUGUGUUUAAUGCACCACACACAUAAUACAAAAAAUCCGUCUUUUGAUCAAUUGUCAAUUGUGUUGUAAAAUAGCACUGAGACUGAUCAAGUUAUAAAUCUCAUCGCAAGUGUUGUUGUUAACAUUGGACCUAUUGAUUUUUUUCUCAAAAACCCAUUCAAGGGAGAUUCUUGAUGAUAGUGAACACGUUUAACAAUGUCGCGGACGCAUGAGUGCUAUAACAGUUAUAACAAUUAAACUACUUUUGUAUGUCAUAGAGCGAAAGUCCGCGAAAGUGUUAAUAAUGAGUAUUGUAAAAACUAAUGAAACUAGUGAGUUUAUUCAUUACUAUAAUUAUUUCGCGUAAUAUAAAUGUAGGUACUAUUUGGUUGAAACAAGCAGGCAUACAAAAUUGUAUACCUUUAAAGGUUUCAUUGAUAAAUACAACAUCAAUGUGUAUUGUCUUCAAAAAUACUAAAAUUAUUAUAAUUUUUCCCUUCACCACUGCUUUAUUCUAUUAUAGAACUUCAGUGCUCUACAAAAUUCCCUUGUAAAUAAACAUGUGCAAUAAAAAAAUGUUAUUUCUAUUUUCUUGAUUUUGUCAUAGAUCUUUUAUUGUGUAACUUAAGUUAAAAAAAGUUUGAGUUCUUACGAAUCUACUUAGUUUUAUGAAAUGUAAUAAAAUCUUGAUUUAUUUAAAGAUA